AUGAACGCCAAAACAAUGAUCUCUUUCAACUCCAAUUCUUACAUUCAUCCCGAACGGGGCGAAUAUACCGUGGCGAUGUUGCCGUUUCACCGUCAGCUCGGACUUGAAGCAAUCUUCAUCUCAUUGCUGGCUGGAGCUACAGUAGUCACUGUGUCCAACUUCUGUGUACAUACACUUAUGACCUGUAUAGAUAGAUUCAAGGUGAGAACGCUUUACCUAAGCCCGAUGAUCAUGUCGAUGAUGAUUAACGAGGCUGAGAACCACGAAUACUCGAUUCAAGACCUGCGGACGGUCAUCAACGGCAGUGCGGCUGUCUCAAAGGAUCUUCUUCGACGAUUUUCGAGAAGCGUUCCCAUUUCAUACGGUAUGACUGAAGUUGGCCUAAUCACGAGGACUGUGCCCAGCGAAAAAUACUCGGCGACGUGCGCAGAAAGAAAGCGACAUCUGACAAUUGAACUGCUUUACAGUGUUGCGAUUGGAAUCAGUGGCAAGUGUUGUGGGCCAUACCAGAGGGAAGUGAAUUUUGAUGUGAAGGUUGUAAGCGUUUUGUCACCGUACCUAAACAAUGAGGAAGCGACUAGAGAACAAAUCAGAGGUGGCUGGAGGAAAACCGGAGAUAUUGGAUACUAUGACGACGACGAGAAUAUCUACCUUGUGGACAAAUUCAAGGAAAUGAUAAAAGUGCACGGUUAUCAGGUC